GUAUAAGUAUCAUGAAAGUGAAACUGACAAACGCAUAAAUUGUUUGACAGAAUUUAGUACACAACCAUAACCUUCAUUCUGGGGUGGAGGCGCACAUAUAAGAGAAGAAUAAAAUGGGUAAUUCAGUGUGGAGACAAGGUCCAGACUGGAAAGAAAGAGAUGCGAUGAAAACAAAACUUACAAAAAUUGAGCCAAUAGGUGUGGACAACUUUAACAUUAUGCUACAUGGACCAAUCGCUGCAGGGAAGUCCAGCUUUGUCGACUCAGUCAAAAGUGUCUUUGUUGAUCAUGUUGCUGUCAAUGUGUUGGCCCAGGCUCACACUGACCACAGCUGCACUCAAACAUACUCGGGACACCGGAUUGAAUAUAAAGGCUCAGCUUUGCCUUUUGUGAUCUAUGAUGUCAUGGGCAUGGAAGAUUCCAUGGCUUCAAAAGGGAUGCACAGUGAUGACAUCCUUAAUGCUCUCAAGGGACACAUCCGUGAGGGUUAUGAGUUUGACCCUAAGGAACCCCUGGACGCAACAAGUGAAUGGUAUAAUGCUCACCCAUCUAAGAAUGAAAAGAUUCACUGUCUGGUGUGCGUUGUGUCUGCAAACAACAUAACUCUCCAAAAGACUGUAGCACAAAAGAUGAGAGACAUCAGACAGCAAGCUAACAAACUUGGCAUUCCUCAAAUUGUGAUCCUGACAAUGCCAGAUCUGGCUUGUCCAAAAGUGGCAAGCGACCUGAAAAACAUCUUCUCAAGCACAGAAAUUAAAACCAAGGUGGAUUAUUGCAGCAAUGAACUGGGUGCCCCAUUGAACUGCAUCUUUCCAGUGAAGAACUACCAUUCAGAGACAAAACUGAACGAUGCAAUUGAUGUACUUGUGUUAGAUGCGUUGAUACAUAUUGUGCAGGCAGCUAAAGACUAUCUCUGGUCCCUCCAACAUUCAGGUAAGGCAGAUUGAGAGGCUUUAAGCCUACACACCUUCAAAAGAUAAUGCCGGUCAGUCUACAUCAAUGUACAACUUGUCAUUGAUUGAAGUAGUUAUUAAGUGAACAAAGCAUUAACCAGUUGCACUGUUGGGUAGUUGCUCAUACAAUACAAUACAUUACAAAAUGCAAGUGACCCUUGGAAGUAUAUGCUUUCAUACAAGCUGCUCCACCUGUGCACUGUCCGUCCAGCAUUAAUCAUUUGAAUGUCCAUACUUUUCAGUUUUCCUCAAAACUUUACCUACCAAAUAAAAUGUAGCUUUAUACUAACUAUGAAA